AUGGCUCCUCAAUUGGCGUGGAUUGGGCUCGGAAACAUGGGCAGAGGAAUGUGUAAGAAUAUCGUUGAGAAAGGGAACCUUGAUAAGCCCCUGAUCAUCUUCAACCGAACUCAAAGGCGGGCUAUGGAUCUCAGCCAGUCUUUGCCUUCUGGCAAAUCCACCGUUGCCUCCUCCAUCGACGAAGCUGUUUCAAAGGCAGAUAUUAUCUUCACAUGUGUUGGAGAUGACGCAGCAAUCAACGAUAUUAUCGAUGCGGCUUUGAAGGGCAGCACAAAAGGAAAACUAUUUGUUGACUGCUCCACCGUACAUCCAGAUACCUCAGAAGAAUUGGCAAAGAAAAUCACAGAAGCUGGUGCUGAGUUCGUUGCCUGCCCCGUAUUUGGGGCUCCAGCUAUGGCCGACAACGGACAAUUGAUUUGCGUACUCGCUGGACCCAAGGAAAGUGUCGAGAAGGUCAAGCCUUUUACUAAAGAUGUUAUGGGACGAGCUUUCGUCGAUUUCGGGGGUCAACCAGUUGGAAAGGCUACGCUUUUGAAAGUUAUCGGGAACACCUUCGUCUUAAACAUGGUUGAAACGCUAUCUGAAGGCCAUGUCCUCGCCGAGAAAUCUGGGCUUGGAACUGAUAACCUUCAUCAGUUCAUUGAGACGAUGUUUCCAGGGCCAUAUGCUGCGUACAGCGCUCGAAUGCUGUCGGGUGAUUACCAUAAAAGAGAAGAGCCCUUGUUCGCGGUAGAUUUGGCGAGGAAAGACGCAAGACAUGCCAUGGCAUUGGCAAAGGCAGCCGGGACACGAUUGAAGGAUGUUGAGGUUGGUGCGGCGCAUUUAGAGAUGGUGAAGAAGCACAAAGGGGAGGCAGGUGACAUUGCUGGAAUUUACGGUGCUGUGAGACAAGAAGCAGGCUUAAGAUUCGAGAACUAG